AUGGAAAGAAGUACAAAUAUCUUUUCUGUUUUUGAUGAACAAUACAUACAUAAAGAUGUUGAAAAGAAUAUAAGGAAAAAUAAUUCUCCAAUGUAUAUUUAUAUUCUUUUGAUUUGUCUAAUAUUUUUUAUACUGCAAGAUGGUAAUUAUGAUGAUAUUAUGAAUGCCCCCUUAAAUUUCAUCCAUAUGAAAAAAUCUAGAGCUCUAUCUGAUUAUCAAUGUAUAGAAAAUUAUAAUUUUGAAGAAAAGGAUGAGGACCUUUUCAAUGAUGAUAUUUUUAAAAACGACGAAAAAUCUGAAUAUAAUUAUUCAGAAAAUGUCGUUGAAGAUUUUAAUUUUUAUAUGGAUAGAAUGAAUGAAACAGAUGAUAAAUGGAUUAUACAAAAGAAAAAUAUAAGAAAUAGUAUAUGCAAUAAAAAAGAUCCUUAUAAUAAAUUAAUAUAUGGAGAUGCAUCACGUGAUUUAUCAGAGUCUGAAUUUAAUGAAUUCAUAAAUAAUUUAGAUAAUUAUGUUAAUAAAAACGAAAUGUAUAUUAUUUGGAAUUAUGUUAAUUCUAAUGAAAAAGAUAAAUAUUUAAAUAUGCAAAAGAAUAUAAAAAGUUUUUGUGAAAAUUUAGCUUAUAAUUAUGAUAUUCCAAAAAAUGUUGAAAGAAAUGAAUGGUUAAAAGCCUACUAUUAUAUGACAGAUAUUUUAUUAAUUAAUGAAAAUAAAUUUAAUAAUUAUUUUUAUCAUUUAAUUUCAUAUGGAAAAUGUGAUAAAAGCUUCUUUCUAGAAGUUAUUGAUAUACAUAAAAACUCUUGGAGAAAUAUUAGAAGAUCUAUGAGUAAUUUAUGGACCAAAAAACUAACUGACACUUUUAAGAACUACGAAUAUGAAGCCUUAUAA